GGCAAAGGAUUGAGUAAAUGGUCCCCCUAAUGACUCAUUUAGCUCCUAUAUAUAUGAAGCCUAGCCUAUUAUAAAUUGCAUUGUCAAGUGUCAAGUAAUUACGCAUGCAAUAUCUCUGGUUGAGGGUUCUCCUCAGUACUUUCUUGGUGUUCUUUGGCUCUGUUUUUGGUUCCUAAAGUUGUUGUGUAAGUGAAGUGAUCGAAAAAUAAGAUUAUGAGCAGUUUACCUGAAAAACAGCACCCCAAGGAAGCUUUUGGAUGGGCAGCUAGAGACACUUCUGGCCACCUUUCCCCCUUCAAAUUCUCCAGAAGGGCAACAGGAGAAAAGGAUGUGGCUUUCAAGGUGCUUUAUUGUGGGAUAUGCCAUUCUGAUCUUCAUUUUAUCAAGAAUGAUUGGGGCAAUUCCAUCUACCCUCUUGUCCCUGGGCAUGAGAUUGUUGGCGAAGUGACAGAGGUAGGAAGCAAGGUAGAAAAGUUCAAAGUUGGAGAGAGAGUCGGAGUUGGAUGCAUGGUUGGAUCGUGCCGCUCCUGUGACAACUGUGCUAACAAUCUCGAGAACUACUGCCCACAAAUGAUAUUAACAUAUGCAGGAAAUUACUACGAUGGAAGUAUCACAUAUGGAGGCUACUCUAGCACCAUGGUUGCUGAUGAGCACUUCAUCGUCCGAAUUCCCGAUAAUCUACCUCUUGAUACUACCGCUCCCCUUCUCUGUGCCGGAAUCACAGUUUAUAGUGCAUUGAGAUAUUAUGGACUUGAUAGGCCUGGUUCACAUGUGGGUGUGGUUGGCCUUGGUGGGCUUGGUCAUUUGGCUGUGAAAUUUGCCAAGGCUAUGGGAGCCAAGGUAACAGUAAUCAGUACCUCUCCUAACAAAAAGAAGGAAGCUAUUGAUAAUCUUGGUGCUGAUUCCUUUUUGAUUAGCCGAGAGCAGGAUCAGAUGCAGGCUGCCAUGGGCACAAUGGAUGGUAUCCUCGAUACGGUAUCUGCUCUACACCUUCUGCCGCCAUUGAUUGGUUUAUUGAAGUCUCAUUCAAAUCUUAUUGUGGUUGGUAUUCCGGACAAGCCACUUGAACUACCAGUCCUCCCUUUGGUCCUUGGGAGGAAGGCAGUGGCAGCAAGCUGUGUUGGGGGGAUGAAGGAGACUCAAGAGAUGAUUAAUUUUGCAGCCAAACAUGAUAUAAAAUCGGAAAUUGAAGUUAUACCUGUUUACUAUGUGAACACUGCCAUGGAACGCCUUGCCAAAGCAGAUGUCAAAUACCGAUUUGUCAUUGACAUUGGGAACACAUUGAAGGAUAUCUCUUAACAUAUAUAUUGGCUCACUAGUAGAGUUGCAAUAAAUUCUUAUCCUCAAUUAUUUCCUCGUUUUUAAAGCUUUGAUGGUAAAGUACUGCUGAUCAAGUAAUAUUUAUUGUACCUAGAGAUGUGGAUUGUUUUAGAUAAAAUAAAGUUGUUCUAUUUGUUUAUAGAACAUAAUAUUGUUAAACCACGAAUUUAUGGAUAUUUAGCAAAAAAAAAAAAAAAACAAAA